GUAAGGCCAGCUGGGAAUGAUUUGCCAUGUUCAAGCGGUGGAUUUCUGGUGAGACUUUGUGAAUAUUUCCUGGUUAGAAGUACAACAGAACCACAAAAUUCCCUAAUACAUAAAUACUAAAAUGCUGAAACGACAAGUCGUUGGCUUGGAAGAACAAGCUAUUUGGUUUUCAUUGAUGGACAACAAAACCUGCAAGAGAGGGUUCAAAGUAUUAACACCCAUUCAUCUUAAGUGGCAAUUAUCACAAUCCACGAGCCUCUGUAUCUGCCGUUUCUCGCUAAUGCGCCGCGAAGAGAAACGUAGCAAGCUCCACGAAGCCCUGCUCAACACUCUUUAUCCACCAGACCCAGAGCCAGAGCUCCAAGCGGAAGAUGAGAAAAAGCCUUUGAGCACUCCUCGGGAAGACUUUGAUGUGAAACUGAUUCCAGAUGAUUAUGGGCUGCGGCAAAGUAGUUCCUCAACAAGUGACGAUAAUGGUGAGAGCGAAUGCAGCCAACAGAAAUUGACUAGGGCUCAGAGGAAGAGGCUUCGUAAGAAGAAGCUUAAGGAAGAGAAUUCUCGUCGAAGAGAAAUUAUUGGGCCAUUGUUACCUUCAUCCAGCAGCGAUAUUGGUGGAGAUGGUAGUAGAGCAGCGGAAAAAGACACUCCAGCUGCUCGACAAAAUGCUGAUGAGAGUCAUUGUGACCAAAGCAGCGGGAGAAAGGUAAAGCAAAGGAGGAUGACGAAAAGGUUGGGCAGAGAAAGGUUUAAAUCUCAACCUGGUGAUGUGUAGAGGGAUUUAAGGAUCAUCAGAUGCUGGAUAAAGCGAUUGAAUCUUAUCAAACUCAACUGGCAGAUUCAUCGGCUUCAUGAAAGAAAAACCUGCAAAUUUGAAUUUCCUUCAACUUUUCUUUUUUCUUUUUUUAAUUUAAAUAUCCUAUUCUAAUUUCCAAUAACAAGAGUAUAAUUUUCUUUU